AAAAUAUAUUUUUCUUGGGUCAUAUCUAGGUUGAUAGGCCUGCAUAUGGGAUUAGGUGCUGUGUGUGUGUGACUUUGAUAAUAUUAGCAUUGUGGAAAGGUUUUCCUCUUCCUCAGCCAAUAAAUCACCAGUAGCCAACUGCCUGAUCUACCUACAUAUAUGGCUUCAAAGUCAAAAGACAAGGAAAAGGAGGAAAAAGAGACAAAGCCCAUCAAGGUGGACAAGUGGGAUGGUUCAGCUGUGAAAAAUGCACUCGAUGAUGCUGUGAAGGAGCUUUUCACCAAGAAGUAUGGAUAUAAGGAGAGUCAUGCACUGAUGGAUGGUCGACUGGGACUGUCAGGGGUAGCUGUAUGCCUUGCUCUCCUUGCGCUUGCCUGGGACUACAUCUAUCCCUUCCCUCAGUCCAGGAUGAUGCUGAUCUUCUGUGUCGUGAUGUACUUCUUUCUCAUGGGAAUCUUCACUAUCUACACCAACUACUAUGAGAAAGGGAUCUUCUUGGUGGCAUUGGACAAAGACAAGGCUGGCAUUGAUCCGGACAUCAUCUGGGAGGCCUCUUCCUCCAUCAAACGGUUUGAUGACAUGUACAUACUGAAGCUGUGUGUGAGAGGAAGCAGGAAGAAACCAGCACGAUCUGGAGAGAUGAAAAAGUCUAUUGCCACCUGGUUUGAUGAGAGGGGUAAUCUUCUCACAGAUCUCUUCCACAAGGAGCUAUCUCGGCUGCAUGAUUCCCUCGCAAAGCCCAAGAAGGAUAUGUGACUCCUUUCUACCCCUGAACCCAAUCGAAAUCUCAAAAAAACAACAGAAAACAUCAGACAUGUUUGAUGGCAUUGCAAAGGUCAAGAGCAUUUUUUUCCUGUGCAUUGAUGGAAAUGAAGCAGUGACAUGUCCAUA